AUGAAUGGAAGGUGGGCGAGGCCGGCGCUGGCCGCGCUCGCCUUCCUCGCUCUGUUCGCCGGCACGGCGCUCGCGGACUCCACCGAGCCGCUGUUUCACUCCGGCUAUCCCACGACGUCGAGCGUGACGGGCUCCCAGUUCGACCUGGAGGUCAAGCUCAACGAGGGAGGAACGGUGUACUACUACGUGGUCAGAAGCGCCACGGCGGCGACACCGACCGCGUCGCAGGUCGAGGCGCUGUACAACUCCUACGUCGUGGACGGGGCGAGCUACACAGUGCACAAGAACGGCACCAUCGCAGUCACCGCCGACACCGCCGCGUCGGUGACCUUGACCGGAUACGACGAUAACGAGGCGCUCAGCGUCUUCCUCGUCGCCAAGGACUCCAACGGCAACCUCCAGACUUUGACCACGGAGCUCGACCUGGUGAUGGGGGACGAUAACCCACCGACGUACGCCUCUGGAUACCCGUACGCGGAUUCCAUCGACGCGGAUUCGUUUCACUUCUCCGUCGUCCUCAACGAAGCCGGCACGGUACACUUCGCGGUGCUUCCCAAGGGUACCACGGCGCCGACGACGGUGGCCGAGAUUACCGGGUGUACCGUCACCGGCGCGGUGGCGUGCUCGCCGGGCGGCGGCGUUUACGUCCCGGCCAGGCCUUACUACCUCUCCUCGUCUCUCUACCACGUCUCCUUUAACCUGCGGAGCGUGGCGGACCUGUCGACGUGCACCUCCGCGUGGAACAACAACGCCGCGAGCACGACGAACACGUCCCUGCCGCAGGCGUGCCCCAAGCUGGCGGCGGCCGGCGCGACCGAGUACGACGUCUGGUACAUCGCCGAGGAUGACAACGCGCAAGCCGGGUACGGCCGCUCAAACAACGUUCAACCCGCGUCGGACAUUUCCUCGCAGAAGCUCGAGGUGACCACCGCCGACGUCGCCCCACCCACCCCCGCGUCCGGUUUCCCCAAGGCCAAGAACGUCGCGGCGACGUCCGCGCAGCUGUCGAUGAACAUGGACGAGCCCGGCAAGGCUUGGUACCUCAUCGUCCCCAACGCCUCCGCGGCGCCGACGGCGGCGCAAGUCGUCGACCAGGUGAGCGUCUACGGCGGCGUCACCGUCGUCAAGAAGGGGUCGUGGACCGUUCCCACCGCGGACACGGACGCUGACGUGUCCCUCACCGGGCUCGACGACGAGACUGCGUACAGCGCCUACGUCGUGGUGCAAGACGAGGGCGACGCCGACACGGCUACGAACAAGUACGCGUCGAAUUCGCCGGUGGCUGAGACGUCCGCGACUCGCGUGCAGUUCACCACGCUCGACGGAUCGCCGCCCGUCUUCGAGGGCGGCCCCGCGCUGCCGGCGGUGUCCGACGUGGACAGCACGUCGUUCUCGCUCGACGUGCAGCUCGACGAGGUGGGCAAGGCGUACUACCUGGUGGUGAAGAGGACGACGGAUUCGGAGCCCACGCCGCCGACGCCGGCGCAGGUUCUCGCCGGCUCCUUCUCGGGCACCGUGGCGUGCGGUCACGUGGACGUCUCCGCCGGGAAGACCACCGCCAGCAAGAUCAUCGCGGACACGGCGAAUAAGCUGACGGUCAGCGCGUGCCAGGACCCGGGGGACUCGUCGCAGCUCGCGCUCCCCGGCGAGGGCACCGGCGGGUCCACCACCGGCAGCUGCUCGUCGUGCCCCACCAUCCUCCCCGACCAGCGGUACUGGGUAUACGUCGUCGGCCAGGACGACGACCUCAACAACAUGACGUCCACGCGCACGAUCGUGGUUCGGACCACCGACGAGACGCCGCCGACGUUUAAGGACCACUCCUCCAAGACGACUCCGUAUCUCAGCGGUAACGAGCCGAGCGCGGGAACCCCGGGGAAGAGCAACGACGGCGUCACCCUCUCCGUGACCCUCGCGCUCUCGGAACCCGGCACGGCGUACUUUAUGGUUGUCGAAGCCUCGAAAACCGCGCCGACGCCCGCGCAGAUUCGCUAUUGCGGAGACGCGAGCAUCGGCACCGCGUUUGGCACCAGACCGCCGUGGAACACCUACACCCCGAGCGACUCCACCACCAACACGGCGUUCGUGUGCGGAGCCCGGAACGUCCCGGAGAAGGACACCGGAUACGAGAUGGAGCUCUCCGGAAUUCCGUCGGAGACUUCCGUCAAGGUGUACGUCGCCGCGGAGGAUUUCGAGAAGUACCGCCCGUCCCACCCGGCGCUCAAAAUCAAUCCCCCGGUCAGCAACCUGCAAACCGCCGCGACCGCCAUCGGGCCCGUCACCACCGCGGACAUCGAUCCGCCCACGUGGCAAGCCGUCGGCGGCGUCCAGUACCCCCGCGUUCCGUACACCGAGGAUACCGACAUCACGGAUGACGACGCCAAAAUCUCCGUCGCGCUCGACGAACCGGGUUACGUCUACUACGUGGUGGUGCCCAAGGAUUACACGUACAACGCGCAGUUCACGGACGGAAGCGCGCGGUCGACGCCCACGGUCGCGGAGGUGAUGGCGGGGACCGGUCCCGGCGGCGGCGGCAACGUCACCGCGGGAACCCAGGACGUCGCCGCGGGCGGCACCGUGGUCAACAUCACGACGGCUUCGGCGGCUCUCACCAACGAGACGGCGUACGACGUGUACCUCGUGGCCGAGGACAAGGCGACGGUCGACGGCGUGGACCUGCGGAACAAGCAGACGACGGUGGUCAAGCUGACGUUUGCGACGCGCGACGUCACGGCGCCAAAGUUCGCGACGGGGUAUCCCAAGGUUGACACGGAGCCGGAAAAACUGGAGGUGACGGCGAAGCUCGACGAAGCGGGCCACGUGUAUUUCGUCGUGAUCGCCGACGGCGACACCGCGCCCACCGUCGACGAGGUCAUCGCGGGAGUCGAUUACGGCGGCGUCACGGUUGUCAAGAAGUGCGGGCAAGCGACUGUAAACGUCAGCUCCUUCGACGCGCCCGAACCCGCGAAUGAAUACAAGUGCGAGGUAUCGGGUCUGUCCCAGGAGACCGACUACGACGUCUACGUCGUCGCCGUCGACAACGUGGACGACGACAAGGACAGCGGCGACGCCUUCCCCGACGCCAACAAGCAGGCUGCGGUGACAAAGCUCGACGCGACGACGAAAGACGCCACGCCUCCCGUCUGGACCGCCUCGUACCCCGGCAUCGAGGACCUCACCGGAGACACCUUCAACCUGACCCUGAACCUCGACGAGAUCGGCGUCGCCUACUACACCGUGGACGCCUACGAUAAGACGAGUCCCGACGUCGAGGACGUCAGGAACGGCGUCGACGUCUACGGCGGGGCGGUGUUCGCCAAGGGGACGGCCAACGUCAGCGCCGCCAACACCAAGAUUGAACACGUCGUGACCGGAACCUUCGUCUCCGAGACGGACUACUACGUCUACGUCACCGCCGCGGACGACGAGCCCGUCCCGAACAAGCAGACGGCGCUCCAGAAGAUUCACAUCCGCACCCCCGACGUCACGCCCCCCGAGUUUGUCGGCGAGUGGACCAGCGCGGGGACCAUCGUCGACGUCGACGGCACGAGCUUCAAGCUGGUGGUUCAGCUCAACGAGCCGGGCACCGUGUACUACCACGUCGUUCCCAAGGGCGAGACACCCGCCAGCGCCUCGUCAGCGAGGUCUCUCGCCGUGUCUGGGGGAUCCACGUCGUCGUUUAACCCCAAGGCGUGCGGCUCCUUCGCCGUCGCCAGCGCAAACACCAACGUCACUCACGCCGUCACCACCAACACCACGUCCGGCUGCGCGUCAUCCACCGACUGCAAGGUGUGCCCGAAGCUGACGAGCGAAACGGAAUACGACGUGUGGAUCGUCGCCGAGGACGACGGCGGGCACGGGAUCCCCCUCGCCGCCACCACCGACGCCAAGAACCUCCAAGCCGAGGUGACUCUGGUCAAGGCUAAGCAUCCAAACACGGAGUACGACAACUCCGGCGUCAACUUUUCCUUCGCCACCGCCGACGUCACCGCGCCGUCGUUCACGAACUCUACCCCGGGGUACACGCACGUCUCCGGCGAGGGCUUCGACCUGCAGCUGCAGAUCAACGAGGCUGGUAAGGUUUGGUACGCGCUUGUCAACUCCACGUGCGCGACGGCUCCAACCGCCGAGAAGAUCCGAGCGGGCACCGACGGAUGCGACUCCAAGACGGGCGUCGCCGCCUACGGCAGCGUCGACCUCGCCAAGGACACGUUCACGCUGUUCACCAUCGACUCCAUCGGGCUGGAGAGCAGGCAGGAGGACUCGUACGCAACCUACGUCUACGCCGAGGACGAUGAGCCCACCGGGUUCACCUCGGCGACGACGCCCAACCGCGGCGCCGUGCAAAAGUACACGACCGAUCCCUCCACCGCGGAUAUCCUCCCGCCGCUGUUCAACGAGCUCUACGCGAACGAAUCCGAGUCCAGGACCGGGUUUGGCGCCCUGAAGACGACGUUCAACAUCUCCGUCGAGAUGGACGAGCCGGGUCAGGUGUACUACGUCGCGUUUCCCGCGUGGCACGCCGAAGCCGCGCACGCUUCGAAGAACAUGCCCGGAAAACAGGCGCCCACCGCGGCGCAGGUCAAGGCGGGUAAGGAUCACGCGGGGGCCGCCGCCGAGGUGAGCGGGACGUUCGCGGUGACCGCGGGUGGUGUGCUGACAAAGUCCACCACCGACGACCCGCUCACCGACGGCAUCGUGUACGACGUGUACGUGGUGGCGGAGGACGACGCGGGCGACGACACGCGAGCGCACAAGCCCGGUCUCGCCGCGGUGGAUAACCUCCAGGCGGCUCCCACCAAGGUUCAGGUCACCACCGCCGACGGCACCGCCCCGCUGUUCUCGGGCAACCCGUGCGACUCGAAGAAGCACGAGGUGUGCACGUCGAUCCUCCACUCGGAGGAGUACCGGCACUCCAAGUACCCGACGAUGUCCGACUGCGCCGCCGACAAGUUCACCCUCACCGUCGCCGUCGACGAGCCCGGAAGCAAGGUGCACUACAUGGCAGUUGCGGACGCGACGGAUUACUCGUCCGCGAACGCGGCGCCCGUCACCGACCCUACCCUGGAGCAGAUCAAGGCUGGCGUCGACUACACCGACGUUCGAACGAGCGCUUCGGUGACCAAGCUCGCGGCUGGGUCGAUCACCGCGACCCUGGCGGGUACCGAAUACGACGUCGACGUCACCUUCACCGCCCCGAGCACCGGGUACUACUCGGUGUUUGUCGCCACCGAGGGACCCAACGGCAACCUCGGCGACGGAGACGUCCGGCGGACGGCGAGGGUCCAGCCCACCAAGCUCGCGCCCUGCUUCGUCUCGAACCUCGGCGGCGUCUCCGUGACGACCGAGACUGUGCGCUGGACCGCCACGGACGACUCGCUCGUCGCGAAGAUGCACCUGACCUCCCCCGCCGUCGUGUCCUACGUCCUUCUGCGGAAGGGUUCCCCGGCGCCGAGCCCGACGCAGAUCCUCAACGGCAAGGACAGCGCCGGUAACUCGCCCGCAUGUUACGACUACGUGAACCUCGCGGCGCCGAGAAACAACGUCCGGUGCUUCUUCGCGGAUAACUCCAAGACGGACACCGCGGGCAGCACCGACUGCACCGCGGACGGCUACGGCACCACCACCGACGACACCACCGCGUGCACAAUCGCUACUUUUGCCAACCUCAGCAACGCGGUUGAAUACGACUUUUACGCUGUGGCGACGCACGUCAACGGCACGGUGAAGAGUGACGAGACUGGGCCGGAUUCGACGACGGGUACCCCGAUUUACUACGGCGAGUUCACGCGGGUUCCGGUCAAGAGCACGGGGCGGACGACGGACUCGGUGCCGCCGUUUUUCAAGUCGAGCUUCCCAAAGGUCAAGGCGAUCAAGGGCAACGAGGCUGUGCUCGAGGUGCGGCUGAACGAGCCCGGAACCGUGUACUGGGUCGUCGACGAGAACACCGCCGCGGACCCGACCCCGGCGCAGGUCAAGGCGGGCACGGAUUCGAACGAUAACGCCACGGCGCUCAUCGCGAAGGGCAGCAUCGCCAUGCCGACGGUCAUCUCCAAGACGCCGAAUUACGCCCCGUACAACGUGACGAUAACCGGCCUCAAGCCCAAGUCCAUGUACAACGUCCACAUCAUCGCCGAGGACGACGAUUCGGGCGAUUACGGCGGCAACCUGCAGACCGCGAUCACCACCGUCGCGUUCACGUCGGCUUCCACCGACGCGCACCUCGGCGGCCUCGUCGCGAGGGUCGUCAACGGAGGCGACUCCGCCAACCUGGGUUUGGUGCCGCCGUUUAAGCAGUCAAUCACCUAUUACGCCGUGUUCGUCAACGUCACCACGAGCACCGUGCAGCUGACUCCCAUCUCCAACGACACCGAGAGCAUCGGGAAGAUCAAGGUUAACGGCACGGCGAGGGCGUCGCAGAGCGAGUUCGCCGUGACCGUCCCUCACGGCAAGACCAUCUACGAGUUUGAGGUCACCGCCGGCGACGGCGUGACCAAAAAGAUUUACCACCUCGGCAUAACCCGCGCCGUGGACUCGACGGUGACCAACUCGUCGCUGGUGCUCUUGCAGGUGAAGUACGACGACGACACCAUCGUUAACUCGACGCAAAUGGGGGGACGGACGUGGCCCAAGUGCGUCAAGGGGUGCGACAGCAACGCCCCCGCGAGGUGUUCGUCCGCCAACCCGCAGUGCGUCAUGGACUCGCGACUCACGCGGUACUCUGUUCGAAUUCCAAACAGGGUCCAAUCCAUAACGGUCGAGGCGGAGACGGCGGAGAGCGGCGCGAGCGUGAUGAUGUACACGCAGGGCAGCACGGGCGUGGACUACCCCGGCGGCCUGCCCGGGUACACCACGGGCAAGUCCCUGUCCUCGCAUCCGAAGAUUGACCUGAGCGCGCUGUCGGCUCGGGGCGGAUCGGAAUUUCACCUGGUGGUCACAGCCGCCGACGGCGUCACGAAGACGACGUACGUCGUCGCCAUCGAGCGGUACGGGCCGGGCGUCUACACCGGCUGGAAGCCCGUGGUGCCCACGACGGCGAUGAGGGGGGAUCGAUACGGCGAGCUCUACGGCGCGGACGACCCGUUGACGACUCGAGUCGGCGUCGAUCCGUCGGUUCGCGACCUCAACGUCAUCCCCGCCAUCGACAUCGUCCCGCCCCGGUGGGUCAGCUCCUACCCGCGAACCUACCAGGGAUCGGCGUCGACGGAGCUGGACCUCGUGGUACAGCUGGACGAGCCGGGCGUGGUGUAUUACCUCAUCCUGCCGGACACGGCUAGGGCGCCGACGGCGAGGGAGGUGAAGGAGGGGACGUCGCUGAGAGGCGACGCGGUGAAGGCGGGCAACGUGACGUCGCUGCGGUCGCUCACGCAGGAGACGACGGCGAGCGUGGGGGGGCUGACGGCGUCGACGGCGUACGACGUGUGGUUCGUGGCGGAGGACGACGCGAAGGACCUGCAGCUGGCGCCCAAGCCGAACCUGCAGGUGUCCCCGGUCAAGGUGGACUUCUCCACGGCGAGCUGAACCAGCUGAAAUUAUGCGCGAGGCUUUAAUCACAAACUUGUUUACAAUUGA